GCUGGAACAAGAAAUACAGAAGUUAGAAAGUGAGGAGUCCCAAAUAUCUGCCAAAGAACAAAUAAUUUUGGAGAAACUACAGGAGACUGAGAAAUCCUUCGAGAACUUGCGGAACUUAAAUACAACGAGGACUAAUAUACAGGAACAAUUACUAAAAUUGGAGUACAUCAUUGAUGAACAAUAUUAUCUGCAUGAUGAUUCUUACAAAAGGAAAGCCUCACAUAGCAAACAAAACUUGUUACCAGCUAACUGGCAGUUUGAUGUCAUAGAGAGAAAAGAGAGUAGAAAGGUUCCUGGAGAUGAGUUUCUCUCCAGAUUUCGAGCUUUGUGCACCAUGGAAAUUAGUGUGGAGAAAGACAAACAGACAGGAGAGACCAAGAUUGUCUCUGCUUCACCUCUUGGCCCAGAUGAGGCCCAUCAAAGAGGAUUCAAAGUCUAUGAUGAUGGUACCAAGGUAGUCUAUGAGAUUCACUCUGGUGGCACAGUAGUAGAAAAUGGAGUACCUAAAUUAAGCUCAAAGGACGUAGAUGAACUUAUGCAAAAAGCUGGACAAUCAGGUGUAAAAGGAGGAUGUGAAACAAUUGACUGUGUAGAUGGAAAUGCAGUAGCUGAUGGAAACCUUAGCCGUAUGAAGGAGCAAAUGCUCUUCAAGGAGGCAAAGCUGGAAAUGGUACACAAACCCAGCAAAGGGCAUGCUGUGAACCCGAAGCCUCAAGACAAACCUUGCGGUGGUGAAGCCCUGGAGGCCAGCGCAGAUCAGCCAGUGACAAUGAUAUUUAUAGGCUACCAGAACAUGGAUGACGAAGAGGAGACAAAGAAAGUGCUGGGCUAUGAUGAAACCAUCAAGGCAGAGCUGGUUUUGAUCGAUGAAGAUGAUGAGAAGUCGUUGCGGGAGAAGACGGUGACAGAUGUCUCCACCAUGGAUGGGAACGCCGCUGAGCUGGUCUCUGGCAGGCUGCUGUCGGACACAACAGAGCCCUCCUCUCCUGAGGGGAAGGAAUAGAGCCUGCCCUUGGAAGCUGCCCCAGGUACACAAAAGAAAAAGCGCUGUCAAUGCUGUAUUGUCAUGUGA